AUGGGAGAAAACCCAAACCGACCUGAAGCCGAACGUCUUCUCGGAAUCGCCGAGAAGCUUCUCGAGUCACGAGAUCUGAACGGCUCAAAAGAGUUCGCCAUCUUAGCUCAGGAGACAGAGCCGCUUCUCGAAGGCACCGACCAGAUACUCGCCGUGGUCGACGUCCUACUCUCCUCCGCGGCGGAGAAUCGCGUCAACAACCACCCAAACUGGUACCGAAUCCUCCAGAUCGAAGACCCAAGCGAGUCUUCCGCGGACCUGAUCAAGAAGCAGUACCGCCAUCUCGCUCUGCUCCUCCACCCGGACAAAAACCGUUUCCCAUUCGCCGAUCAAGCCUUCCGAUUCGUCCUCGAUGCAUGGGAGGUGCUAUCAACGGCCGCGAAGAAGUCCCAGUUCGAUCGCGACUUGAACAUCGUCUACGCCAAAGUAGAUCUCAACGGCAACAGGCAGAAUCAUAAGAAGAAAUCAACAAGCGAGAGGAUGUCGACGUUUUGGACGGCGUGUCCUUACUGUUACAGUCUCCACGAGUAUCCUAGGGUUUACCAAGAGUACUGCAUCAGAUGCCAAAACUGCCAGAGAGCGUUUCACGCCGCCAGUAUACAGCAAUUGCCUCCGUUGAUACCUGGAAAAGACGAGUAUUACUGUUGCUGGGGGUUUUUUCCGAUGGGAUUCGUCGGCGGGAAAGACGGAGAAUCCGGCGCCGCAGCAGCUGCUAAUGGAGGUGAGACAACGAAAUUCCCGAAUUGGAUGCCUCCGAUUUUCAACUCUGGCCAAAACCACACUGUAAAUGGCGGCGCCGGAGCUCCUCAUAGUGUUAACGGUGGAUUCGCGACGCCAGCAUCCGUUACGCCUCAUCCUCCGUCUUCUUCUCACAGUGUUCCGGUUAGCUUUGAUGGAUGGUCUGGUGGUGCGGGGAAGAGAGGCAAUGAGGCGGUGAGGAGCAACGACAACGGAGUUAACUCUGAUGGAAUGCCGAAGAAGAGAGGAAGAGGAAGGCCCAAGAAAAACCAGCUUCAGUGA